AUGGACCUCAAAGACUACGUCAGCCAUGAGCCCUUCCAUCUUCAACCCGUGGAUGCCAUCUCCGCCUGUUCCCCAUCUCCCAUCUCUCUCCCCCUGCUCUCGCAAACGCAAACCCAGUCGCAGUCGCAAUUCCCCUCUUCAGACCACCCCGAUCCCGCUCUGCAGCCCUCAUCCCUCAACCACGUCAUGAAUAACCUCUACUCGGAACCUGGCGCCUUGUCGCUGCACAACUAUCGCAGGUACAUGGCACACGGAGGCUCGUCGACCUCCGUCGACGGACAUGACUUCAAGAGGCUGCGUCGGAAAAACGCAGCCUUGAAUCUAAACCAACCGUCUGAUCCUCCGCAUUCCGUCUCGCCCUUCUCGGCGUCUUCGGCGUCGAGCCCGCCGCCGCUGUCGCCUUCGUCGUCGCCCAGUGCGGUUAGUGACUUGGGCGCGGAGAGCUUGCGCGGGUUUCUCUUAUCGUCUACUCCGAUGGACUUGGUUCCUUACGAGCGUCCCGGACACAGGUUGAAUUCGUAUAAAAUCUUGGAUACCUUUCGCGACAGACUUGAAAGCUACCCCGAGCCAAACCCGACGCCCUCGAUCCGCGGCCACAGCAAGACCUACUCCGACUCUGCGCUGCUUAACGUCGCGCGAGACGACUCGACCGUCAUCAGCCACAACGGGACCUCGUUCGAGAUUUUGAACCCCCAUGAAUCGCUACGCUUUGCGCGCAUCGUCUCCUACAUUGAAGAUGUGGACACGUACUCCUCCCCGGGAUCGUCCGGCCACGGUCACCAGCGGGACUCGUACAUAUCCGACGACGCCAUUCCUAUAUUCGAUACGUCAUUUCUAGCCGCCGACGACGACCAUAUCUACCCCUACCCCGUGGGAGAAGACACCUACAGGGAGGACGACAUCACAGCCACCACCAAUGCGCAUGUCCACCGCGCCCAUCACGAUCUUGUCGGCGACUCGCCGCACCACACCAUGCCGUCUAUAUCCGAGCGCUUGGAAGAAAACGACGUCGAGUCGAUCUCGUCGCCGGACGGACUCCACCGUACCCCUUACUCCCCAUCCCCCUCUCACACCCACUCCCGCUCGUACUCGUACUCUCAUUGCCGCUCUCACCUCCACCGCGGCUCCCGCCUCUGGACCCCUCGAUCCUUCGACUCCUCGGAGCUGGGCGAACCCGGCUCCCCGGUCUAUGAACACGAGCCCGAUACCUUCCGCCACUCUUUCUGGUCGAAACACCACCACCACCAUAUUCCCCAAUCCACCACGCCCACUCCCCUCCUCCGCGACCACAUCCACACCCACGUCCAACCGCGUUCGUCUACCCCGAGAAAAGGGAGUCAGGACGCGGGGAAAACAGGCCCGUUGAAACGAUUAUGUGGCCUUGCGAUGGCGUUGCGCAGGAAGCGGUUUUGGGGUAAAGAUGGGGAGAAGUAG